AUGUCGCGCCAGACCAGCCUGUUCGAUUAUUUGUCUGGAGGCGGCGGCGGUCGACCUCGCAAACAAAACCAACGGCCCCAGCAAUCCACAGGGCCGUCUCAAUCUUCGUCCUACUUCUCCAGCAACGGCGAAAGUGGGUCGUCGUCACAAUCGAGCAGCCGCGGCUCUCACUCUUACAGAGGCUCGCGCGGAUCCCGUUCACCACGAGGUUCUCGCGGAUCCUCAUCAUCACGAGGCUCCCGCGGCGGUCAAGGAGGCGACCGCUCCAACGACGCACUCGCCCUGGUCUCAGAAGAAACCCGCAACGUCCUGCCCGGUAUCCUGCUCAACCUGCCACAUCUGGAUGCGACUGCGUCCGAGUCGCUGCACCUCUCAGAGCUACCGCCCUUGAAGUCGCAUACAUGUCCCGGACACCCGCGCGCGAAGAUCAAGAUCGUGAAUGAGGACACGUUCAAUGCGGCUAUCGAACUCGCGGCGAAGAGACCUGAUGGCGGGCGCGUGGCGGUGCUGAAUAUGGCAUCGGAUAUUCACGCUGGCGGUGGGUGGUUGAAGGGCGCUGUUGCGCAGGAGGAGGCUAUGUGUUAUCGCUCAUCGCUGUAUCUAAGCCUGCACAAGCGGUAUUAUCCGUUUCGCAGGCGGAUGGGGCUGUUUUCGCCUGAUGUGGUGGUGAUCCGGGGUGACAUGGCAGGCGGACAUAAACUUCUUGUCCCGGGAACGGCGCACACUGAUCUACCGGUGGUCAGUGUUCUCAGCAUUGCGGCGAUCCGAAGACCGGAGGUGCGAAAAGUGAGGGUCGGGUCUGAUGAGGAGUAUGAAUUUGCAAAGGCGAAUGAUCGGGUUUUGACGAUGGAUAAAAUGAGGCUGUGCUUGAGGAUGGCGGCGGCGAGGGGUCACAGUUUAUUGGUGUUGGGCGCGCUGGGAUGCGGUGCAUUCAGAAAUCCGCCAGGGGAGAUUGCGCGGUGUUGGCUGGAAGUGCUGGGUGAAGCGGAAUUUGCGGGGGGCUGGUGGAGGGAAAUGUGGUUUGCGGUUUACGAUCGGAAGAAUGAGGGGAAUUUUGAGGUUUUUGAUGAGAUGCUGGGUGGAGUGGAGGUUUAA